AUGUUGGUACAUUUAAGGCCCAUAUUCAUAAUCCUGCUGUUCUCUUUUUCACAUUUAAAGGAAGAGCCUAGACUGGACGUCUUGAUCAAUAACGCAGGGGUCUUCCAGUGCCCUUAUAUGAAGACCGAAGAUGGGUUCGAGAUGCAGUUUGGGGUGAACCAUCUGGGUCACUUUCUACUCACCAAUCUUCUCCUUGGACUACUCAAAAGUUCAGCUCCCAGCAGGAUUGUGGUAGUUUCUUCCAAACUUUAUAAAUAUGGAGACAUCAACUUUGAAGACUUGAACAGUGAACAAAGCUAUAAUAAAAGCUUUUGUUAUAGUCGGAGCAAACUGGCUAACAUCCUUUUUACCAGGGAACUAGCCCGCCGCUUAGAAGGCACAAGGGUCACUGUCAACGUUUUACACCCUGGUAUUGUGCGGACUAAUCUUGGGAGGCACCUACACAUUCCGCUGCUGGCCAAACCACUUUUUAAUUUGGUGUCUUGGGCUUUUUUCAAAACUCCCAUAGAAGGUGCUCAGACUUCAAUUUAUUUAGCCUCUUCCCCUGAGGUAGAAGGUGUGUCAGGAAAGUACUUUGGGGAUUGUAAAGAGGAAGAACUACUGCCUAAAGCCAUGGAUGAGUCUGUUGCAAGAAAACUCUGGGAUAUCAGUGAAGUAAUGGUUGGCAUAUUAAAGUAGGAACAAGAAGUGUUUAAAAAAUAGAUGUCACAUCUGUGAUCAGAAAUGGGGUGGCUUGAGCACUUGCUACUUGAAAACAAUUUUGGUUUUACAGUAAUACUGCUAAGAGGUACAUACGGGUAUUUUGAAGUUAUGAAAAGUUGUAUUUUGGAGAACAAAAUUUCAGAGAAGAUGUUAUAAAUGUACAAUAAGCAUAAUGAAUAAAGGACAAUAGAAUAGAUUUUAAAAAUAAUUGAACAUGCAUGGAUUACAAAUAUUAACUCAGUAUCUUUGAGUGUCAUGGCCAAAGUAUUAAAUAUUUUUAUUACAGUGCUGGUUUUUUGUGUGGAAAUAAUAUGCCUGGUGUGUGUGUACAAUUCUUAGUUGGAAUAAAUUUACUGAUGCAAA